CCGGGAACUGACACCUCCUUUCCAACCCCCGGGCAUCACAGGCUUCUAACCACGGCCGCUCUCGGUGAGGAAACUCUGGCCUCCGCUUCCUCCUCCUCCGACUCGGACACCGGCGGAGCGUCGCCGCCCCCGCGGAAGAAACACCGAGCCUCGGCGGCGGAGGGAGCAGGAGAGCCCGGGGCUUCAGCAGGGACAGUGGGCCUCUCUGCAGUUGUUUUAGGACUUGCAACUUCUCCACACCCUCCCGGACCCCCUGCUAUCCACAUUAACCGAACUAUCGUAAAUAACAUCAACAGUAACAUCAUGCAGGCCAACGGGGCAGGACAGGCACAGGACUCGGAGCUUUCCUGCCUGAAUAGCGCACAGAAUGGGGAGUCAUCCUCGGCCAGCGGAGCGCAUUCUAAUGGGCUGAUUUCUAGCACAAACAAUGGAAAUACUGUCAGUACUAAUAACGGGGCUUCGGCCGGUGUAGCCUCUGGGACCUCAGCCGCCUCUGCCUCAGGCUCGGAGGUCGGUUCCACCAUGAAAAAGAAGAAACGUCUCUCUCAGUCGGAGGAAGAUGUCAUUCGACUGAUAGGGCAACAUUUACAUGGAUUAGGGCUUAAUCAAACCGUGGACCUGUUGAUGCAGGAAUCUGGCUGCAGGCUGGAACAUCCAGCCGCCACCAAGUUCCGAAACCACGUGAUGGAGGGAGAGUGGGACAAGGCUGAAAGUGACCUCAACGAGCUGAAAGCACUGAUGCACUCUCCCAGCGCUAUUGUGCGGAUGAAGUUCCUGCUGCUGCAGCAGAAGUAUUUAGAGUACCUGGAGGAUGGGAAGGUGUUGGAAGCACUGCAGGUCUUGAGAGGGGAGCUCACGCCACUCAAGUACAACACAGAGCGAAUCCAUAUCCUCAGCGGGUACCUGAUGUGCAGCCAUGCGGAGGACCUGCGAGCCAAAGCUGAGUGGGAGGGCAAAGGGACUGGCUCCCGCUGCAAAUUGCUUGACAAACUGCAGACGUACCUGCCCCCCUCAGUCAUGCUGCCCCCCCGCCGGUUACAGACCCUGCUGCGGCAGGCCAUGGAGCUACAGAGAGACCGCUGCCUUUACCACAACACCAAGCUGGACAGCAGCCUGGACUCCAUGUCCCUUCUCCUCGACCACGUCUGCAGCCGGAAACAGUUCCCUUGUUAUACCCAACAAAUCUUAACAGAGCACUGCAAUGAAGUUUGGUUCUGCAAAUUCUCAAACGACGGCACGAAACUGGCAACAGGAUCUAAAGAUACCACGGUUAUUAUAUGGCAGGUGGACCCGGAGACUCACCAGCUGAAGUUGCUGAAGACUCUGGAAGGCCAUGCCUAUGGGGUCUCGUACCUGGCCUGGAGCCCUGACGACACCUACCUGAUCGCCUGUGGCCCGGACGACUGCUCAGAACUGUGGCUGUGGAACGUGCAGACGGGGGAGCUGCGGACAAAGAUGAGUCAGUCUCACGAAGACAGCCUGACCAGUGUGGCCUGGAACCCAGAUGCCAAACGUUUCGUCACAGGGGGACAGAGGGGCCAGUUCUACCAGUGUGAUCUGGAUGGGAACCUGCUGGACUCCUGGGAGGGUGUGCGGGUUCAGUGCCUGUGGUGCCUGAGUGAUGGCAGAACAGUGCUGGCGUCAGAUACACACCAGCGUAUCCGUGGAUACAACUUUGAGGACCUUACCGACAGAAACAUAGUGCAAGAGGAUCAUCCUAUAAUGUCUUUCACUGUUUCAAAGAAUGGAAGAUUAGCUUUGUUAAAUGUAGCAACUCAGGGAGUGCAUCUAUGGGACCUGCAGGACCGCGUGCUGGUAAGAAAGUACCAGGGCGUCACCCAGGGCUUCUACACCAUCCACUCGUGCUUUGGUGGCCAUAACGAAGACUUCAUCGCCAGCGGGAGCGAAGAUCAUAAAGUGUACAUCUGGCACAAGCGCAGCGAGCUGCCCAUCGCCGAGCUGACCGGACACACGCGCACCGUCAACUGUGUGAGCUGGAACCCAGCACUGCCCGGCCUCAUGGCCAGCGCCUCGGACGACGGCACCGUCAGGGUCUGGGGCCCCGCCCCCUUCCUGGACACGCAGGAUCUGGAGGGGCUCAACGAAAACUGCUGUAGCAUGGAUAGUUGAUGGUGAUUUUGGAGCGGAAGACUUCUCUAAAAUAAAACGACAAAAUAUAAAAGAUAUAAAAAAGAGAACGAAAAUAAAAAGAAAGGAAAAUAAUUAGUUCCAUUUUUACCCUGGCUGUGGCGGUUGGCUGUGGCGGUCGGUGUUACAGUGAAAUGCAGACGAAUCUCUGGACUCAACUGAAACAAAGUAAAAAGAACAAAGAGACCCACCUCUGAUCCACUCUAACCUGGGCUGACCUGCUGCCUGGUCUCCUGCUCCCCCCCACUGUGGCUGCACCGAGACGCCCCUGAAACACCCGACUCCAGGCUGCAGCCUCUCUCCUCCUGCAAACUGCAGUCUCGCACACGUACCCAAAAACGGACACACAUGCACACAGACACACACAUACGCAUGCGCAGACUCGCACGCACACACACACUCACUCACUCACACACACACACAUGCGCAUUCACACACAGCUGGCAGACAGACAUACACGCACACACACACGCACAGACGCUCACACACAGGCUGGCAGAGGGACGGACAGACAGACAAACACGCACAGACACACACUUUCACCCGCAUACAGACACACACACACACACGCACGCUCACACACAGGCUGGCAGACAGACAGACAUGCACAGACACACACAUACACCCGCACUCAGACACACACACUCACUCGCUCAUAUCCUUUCCCCUACGCCUCUGUUGUCCGCAGCCAUCCUUUAUCACAUCCUGGAGACGUCUUCCCACAAACCCCCUCCGGACCUCCAUCAUUUCCCUGCAGCCCAGCCAUUGGACUCGGGGGUUUGUUCUACAUCGCCUGUGUUUAUUGGGGCUGACGGUGUGUUUACUUUUUUUUUUUUUUUUUUUUGGAGGGGGGAUGGGGGUUACUCUCUUUUCUUUCCUUUUUCUUGCUUAUAAAUAUACAAUUGCGUUAAAUAGUGGCAAAACCCCCCCCACAAACAAAGUUUGCUUGUUUGGAUUUUUUUAUAAUAAUUAUAGCAUUAUUGUUAUUAUUUAACAGUUGGAUAGAGGGCUUCGUUAGUGGCCAUGGAGUGCUUUAGAAAUAAUUAUUUUCUCAGAUAGGAAAGCUCAUUUCCUUCCUUUUUUCCUAACGAAAAGUUGCUCAAACUUCUGCCAUCCCUUCUCCCUCCUCCCCUCCCUGUCCCUUGACUCCUAGCCCCCCCGCCCCCUCCUCUGCAGCAUGGCUGAUGGUGGUCAUAUUGGUCACACCAGUUCUGGUGUGGAGGGUAGGGGUGAGAGGCGGAGGUCCGUUAUUCGCAGGUUGUGUGUGUGCGUUCGUGUGUUUGUUUGUUUUUUUGGGGGGGAGGGGGGUGCAGGGUUGGCUGGUGGAAGUGGGUGUUGAGCUGAGGUAACUGGUUUGUGGUUGCAUUUUGAAGACAUGCUUUUUGAAGCUGAGGUGCGGAUUCGCCACAGUGGGGUUAUAUUUGUGCACAGCACUUGUCAUUCCUCUGUCAGUCAUUGUGUAUGUUUGUGUAGUGUCUAAGUGUGCCGUGCGCGUGCAUGUGGUUUGUACAUCUAUUUGAUGUGUGUAUGCGCGUGUGUGGAUUCCAUGUGCAAGUGUUUGCACAUUGAGUGUGUCUGUGUGUGUCUGUAUGUCUGUGUGUCUGUGCAGCAUUGUUCUCACCAGUAGGUGAUCAUGCCAUUUUUUUUUUUUUUUUUGGCCUCACUUUAAUUGUUUUGAGGAUUUUAAACUGCAAGAAUUUUAACAGAAUCUGAGUCAUUUGAAGCCCUCAUUCACCUCUGUGGGAAAUGAAACAACUUUUGUAGCUGUUUUGUAGACUUCUUCAACAACAGGGCUCUUCUGGUUUCCUUUUGCCAUUUACCGUCAAGUUAUCCCAGAAUUCUGCAUGCGGGGGUCAGCCAAAUUCUCACACUGUGGGCCACAGGGACACUGGCAGGGUCGUUUUUUUCUCACCCGGUUGCUGGGGGCAUCCGUAAGGUCUCACUGUCGCAGGGGCCAGCUGCAGGGUCUCUGUAGUGUGCUGGGUGUAACUGUGUGGUCUCACUGUCAGGGGGCAGCUGUGGGGUCUCUCACUCCUCACUCUCUCUCUCUGGGGCGGGGGGGAAGGGGGGGGGGGGGUUUACAUUGUUCUUUCAUCAGCAUUAGCAUGGCAGGUAGGAACUUGCUUCUACAUAUACACCCUCACCUUAUUCUGCAAAAGCAGAAGUUUCAAUGUUACCAGCUGACAGUCUGCGACUGUGGAGGGGGGCAAUCAAUUGGAAAGGAAUGCAGCUGUGAUCUUAAAUCCAUGACUCUAGCUACAAAGUUCUUAUCCCUUUUCUGUCCCCCCAUACCCACCUCCAUCCAGCUCUCUACAGCAGUGGUGGCAGUACCUUAUAAAAGCUUUUGCUCCUGUUUUUUUUUUUUCAGUAUGUUAUGACUAUUUGCUAUGGACUGAUAUUAAAUGUUUAAAAAGACUGCUUUUCUGUCUGUUUUUAUGGAAUUUUUGUUACUUAUUUUGUUCACAUUAUAUCAUUUUUUUCUUGUUUUGUUUGACCUUUCCCCUGUAUUAUCAUAUUAAACUAUAACCUGCCAA